GGGAGAGAUGGCAUCACGAAGACUCCGAAGGAGGGUGGCAUCACGCAGAAAGCUUCACAUUCUACAAACCCUUUCCAAGUCCAAAUCAUCAGUCAAAAAGAGCAGUAUCAUCAUGCAUGUUCUUACUUGCAUCCUCAAGAUGAAACUGCAUAUUGAAGCAAUCACAAGACAAUAUCAAUACCACUGCAAAAAUAUCCAAAAAGUGAAAGUGGAUGCGGUUGGGAGUAAUAGAUUGGUGGUGAAGGUGAGAUGCCUGAAAGGAGAAGGUUUGUUAGUGAGAAUCUUGGAGGCCAUGGAGGAAAUGAAUCUUAGGGUUCUUCAUGCUAGGGUUUCCUCUCAACUCUCCUUCUUUGCCAUGGAUGCCAUUCUUGAACCUCAUCAAAACCAUUUCACUGCUGAUGCUGUAACCCAAGCCAUUCUUAAGGCCAUUGAUCAAAAGAGCUAUGAAACCCAGAAAUAAUUGUAAGGUCCAUAGACCAUAUUGUUAAUUGGACUAGAAGCCUUUUCAAUUAACAAGGCCUACUAGGAAAAAAGGCCUUUAAUUUCUUUAGCCUAGUCUUAUCCUCAAAAUAAGUUUCUUUAACAUA